CGUUUUUCAACCUAUCACACCCCCCAAAAUACCUCAAUUAUUUCAUUGACGAACAUCAAUCAACUCGUUGCUAUUAAUCGCUGAAGUUUGGGCCUGUCUCUUACCAGCAGUUUCUUGACCUGCUCAAUAACUUCUGAUUGAAACGCUUUUCAACACUGCCUUAUAAGGGUGGACUCUGUGCAGUUACGGAAAUACCAGUAUCUUAUUAGUUCGAAUGAGAAAUCACAACAGUUAUUCAUGACUAUAUGACCUCGUCUUAUUUUACUCGAUAUCAGAACUAUUUUCAAAUAAUGUCACUAGCCAAUAAAACUACAUUUCUUAUCCUGGCAUGAUUCCGAUAUUUCAAUGCACUUAAAAAUGGCUUAUGUUCCGCGCAAUGCGAAAUAUUUGUCAAACAUUAACUCUCAACAACAAUCUAAUAUGGUUGGCUACAAUUAUCCUGGUCAUCCCCCGUCAUCAGGAGCACAUCAUCAGCAAACAGAUGAGAAUAGAAAUGAAAAUAACUGUGGAAACAAGGAAAUCUGUCAGCAGAAUAAUCAAAACAAUUCUCAGCAAUCUUCAGAGACACAAACUAUUCGGAAAGUAGAUGCUGCAACGAUGACUGAUCCAUUGCAGAUCGACUUCAGAUUAACCUCAGAGUACUUGGCUCGAUGCUCAAGUACCUUAGGUUUGCCUUAUGUAUUCAAAUAUGAAGAUAACAGUAACAACUCUUCUCAUAAUUUUCAAGAUGUUCGGCCAAAGCUUGAGUUUGAAGUAGAGCCACAACAUGUUAAUGGUAUGCUCGUGUAUCAUUGUCCGGAAUGUGCGUAUCGGUUUGAAAGUCGUGAUGCUCUACACGAACAUCUUGAAGAUCAUAGGCAGCGGCCACAUAUCUGUGACAUCUGCGGCGCCAGUUUAAAGCGUAAGGAGCACCUAGAUCGGCAUAAGCAAGGUCACAACAAGGACAGGCCCUAUCAAUGCUCGAUGUGCUGUAAAGCUUUCAAAAGGAACGAACAUCUAGCUCGACAUAUGAUUAUUCACUCAGGUAGUAAAAAUCAAAUUUGUACCGAAUGCGGAAAAGCAUUUUACAGAAAAGAUCACCUAAAAAAGCACCUUCAGAGUCAUAGUGGUAAUAGAAAUAAAAGCAAUUCAAGUAAUUCGCAGAAUAAUCAGAAUGCACAAAAUUCAAAUGAAGCGGGACUCAGUAAUUUUGCAAUGAUAAUGAGGCAGGUUGGCCCACCACCAUUUUCUAUUUUACGCACUUAGCUGGGAAUUAAUCAUUUUUCUUUACGUGUGAUAUAGUAUACUAGUAUCAAUCUAGUUAUAGGACUCUAGAAAUGUUUAUAUUGUGGGUUUUUCCACGUUUUUCUGUUAUCGUAUUUAUUAAUUUUUCCUUCCCUUUUUGCUUUUUUGUUUUUCUCUUCCAACAUGACAAGUAAGGCUGAGCACAGGUGGUAAAUACUGUUCGAACUGAUAUUCCUAUUAUUCUAUUUAAAAAGUGAUAAGUUAGAAAAAUAGAGAUUUUCAAAUAUCACGGUAUGAAAAUAAUGAUAUGGAAACUACUACGUUGCAUGUGGCGUGAUAAGAUUUUGUCAUUGGGAUCAAAUUAAAGUAUAGAUUUAUAAUGAGUUUAUAAUGAGAUUUAUGAUGAGAUAGAAUUUUUAUUUCCUCUUUUUCGAGAUACAGCUGCAACGUCACAGGGAGGCGUUGACUGCAAAUUUUAUUCAUUCAAUGAAUGCUAAAGUUUUGAGAUUUAUUCAGAACUCGUUUUUAUUUUGCUGCCAACUCUUUUUUAUAUACAUCUUUAGUUGAGAUUGCCUCAACGAUUCACCACUUGUACUCAGUGAUUCACUGUGAUGAAUGUGCAGUGGCUAUGUACAAGUUGACGGUGAGUGGUUUUGUAAAUGAUAUUAGCGCCUGUGAUUUCCUAAUAAUUAUAAUUAUUAUUACUUUUAAAUCCACUCGUGUAGAAAGACGUAAUUACUAAAGAGUAUCACAUCACGAAACAAUUUUUUCAAAUAUUAAAAAUCUUUAUAGAGCUUGCCAAGUAAUUUUAUACCAGCAAUAAAACAUUGUAAAAUUUUUCUAAUAUACAUCACAUCUAUUAAGUGAACGAAUUAAUGUAACCAACACCGUAAAUAGGUGUUAUUUUAAUUUGUUGAAUUUUUAUUCUGGUUUUUAUGAAGUACGAACUUUGACGAGUUAUGUACCUGUUACUUACUGGGAUUUCAGAUUUGCGAGAAUCAAUUUCAAAAGCAUCGAAUCGAUAAUCAAUUUGCAAAAAAAUUAAAUAACUCGUGAUUUAUGCAGAGGAUGAAUAGUCGCCUUAUUGGCAGAUGAAUUUUUAAUGCAUACGUUUAUUUCUGAGCUCAAUCAACGUUGCUUUUAGCAUUCUCUCUCUACGCAUUAAUGAAAUUUCAGUAUCAAGUAUUUGUUAUGUAAAUAUUGGCAACGUUACUUAUUACGAUGAAGCUAAUGAUAUCAUUGUUUAAACUGACAAUGAGCUAAUAUCAUUAGUGCGAAAUAUUCAAACAUAAAUUAUUUGAGCUUGAUGAAAUCGUCGCUGCGGUUUCUAAACAAAAAAUAAAAAGAAACUAUGAACCUCGAUUACAUUAUAAAUAAAAAACCAUGCAUGUGAUCGAAAGAAAAUUAAAUUACAUGGCUCGACCACUCACGUUUAGUAUGUAAUAUUUACAUCCUGGAACGCAUAUAUGGGGUUGCCGCUUGUAUAUUUUUUAGAAGGGUCGUCGAGGUUGAAACGAUUUCAUCCUCACUCUUCUUUCAGUCUCGUCGUCGAAAUUCUUCUUUCAAAGAUUCAUUGAGAAUAAUAUAAUAAUAUACAGAUGUCAUUGAGUAUAAUUUACGGUGAAAAAAAGUUCGAUAAGCAAUGUAUCAAAAUUUAUAAAUGUAGGCAAUAAUUUCACUUGCACGGGAAGUAAGACGUAUCCUUUGGAAAAAUAAUAAUGCGGCAACUAUAUUUCUGAUAUUCCUCCGUUGUAAGUAUGAGUACGGAUAUUAAAAUUGUAAUUAUAAAUGAGCGCGUCCGCAUUGUUGUCAAUUUAAUCUGUACAUUAUAUUUAUUGAAGCUAAACGAUUUUACUAUAUCAGUUCAAUUGCAUAGUUUUUAGAAAACAUUACACAUAUGUAUACUAACGUUUGUUAUUUACUGUAGUGACCAUACUUAAAUUAAUAAAAUCAUUAUUAUAUACAAGUA